AUGUCGGACUCACCACCGUCGGGAGGCCCUGGUGGCCCAGGAGGCCCUGGACCCGGCGGUCCACAGCAACCCUCAUCGCCGCCUUACCUUCCCUCAUCAGCUAUCCUGGGCGGUAAUCCUACAGUUCCUCUGGAUGUGCCGAUAUCAGCAGUUUUCAUGGCAAUAUUCAUCGCUGCAGGAGCUGUCCAUAUGGGAGUUUUCCGAGCAAAUAUCAAACGCGACCACAAAUUUGUCUUCUCCGCCCUUCUAUUCGUGUUCUGUCUCGCCCGAGUUUUCGCCCUCAUCACUCGCAUUGUGUGGGCCGUACACCCCAACAACAUGAACGUCGCGGUGGCUUCAAACGUACUUGUGGCGGCCGGCGUCGUCCUCUUGUUCUUGGUGAACCUCAUCUUCACCCAGCGAAUCGUCCGAUCGUAUCAUCCGCCGUUCGGUUGGCACAAGAUCACUAACGGAGCCUUCAUCGCCACUUUCGCUUUGGUCAUUGCGCUGCUCAUCAUGCUCAUCACGGCAACGGUUCAUUCGUUCUUUACCCUCGAUCCCGAGGUGCGAGCCAAUGACCGCAUCGUGCAAUUGGUCGGCGCGACACUGCUAGCCCUCCUCGCAUUCUUGCCUUUCCCCAUCGUGGUCCUAGCCAUCAUGUGGCCGUACCGCCAGUCGGGUCCCGAGAAGUUCGGCUAUGGCAGUCUUCGAGCCCAGGUCUUCCUCGUGUUGACGACCUCGUUGUUGUUGACGCUCGGCGCUGGCUUCCGCACAGGUGUGGCCUUUGACCCACGCCCGUUAAGGGAGCCCGCAUGGUUCCUCAGCAAGCCUUGCUUCUAUAUAUUCAACUUCGGCAUCGAAGUUAUAGUCGUCAUUAUCUAUGCCGCGGCCAGGGUCGAUCGCCGCUUCUGGGUUGGCGACGGCAGCAAGGCUCCCGGUGAUUACAUCGCCUCGCGCCGCGCCAGUAUGCUCCCGGCCUACAGGGAACAGAACCGCCGCGAGAGCAUGCUUCCUGGCAUGAUGCAGCCGCCACCGGGCAUUGCAUCGGGAAGGGCCUCUCGUGCACGGUCUACAUUCGCCGACAACAUCCAGGAGCUCGAGGGAGUGGGAUCGGGGUCGGAUGCACCAUUCACAUCAGCUUCAGAUGGCCCAUCUGUCCGCUCGCGUGAGAUUGAGUGGGAGAAACGUGCUCAGACCGAGCUGGAGAAACGCAUCAGUGAUGCAGACGUCCAAGCCCCGGGGACACGCAGCACAGACGACACUGAUGGUGAUAUUCCGGAGCGCAUUCCACCGAAAGUACCACGGGACGAAUAG